UCCCAUUUCUCAACAUGGAGCUCUUCCUCUACUUCCUUCUCCUCACCCUCACCUUCCUCCUCACAAAAGUCCUCCUCAAACGCGGAAACCCUAACCUCCCUCCGGGCCCAUCGAAACUCCCAAUCGUCGGAAGCCUCCAUCACCUCCUCGGCGCUGAGCUCGCCCACCACGCGCUGCGCGACCUUGCCAAACUCCACGGCCCCAUAAUGCACCUCCAACUCGGCCAAAUCCCCGCCGUGGUCGUCACCUCGGGCAUCGUGGCCCGAGAAUUCUUCAAGAACCACGACAUAAGCAUCGCGUCCCGGCCCGAAAACAUCGUCGCCGCCAACGUCAUCCUCUACGGCCCCAUCGACAUGCUCUUCGCCCCGUUCGGCGAGUACUACAAGAGGGUCCGUAAACUCUUCGUCAUGGAGCUCAUGAGCCCAAAACGAGUAAGGUCGUACCAAUCCGCUCGAGAGGUCGAGACGAUGGAUCUGAUGGACGUCGUCGAGAGCCAUCAUCGCCAAUCGCUUGCCGUCAACUUCACCGAGCUGUUUCACGCUUACACCAACAAUCUGAUCGCGAGAGUUGCGUUCGGGAAGCGGAGCAAGGACGGUAAAGAUUUUUUGGACGCGUUUAGGGAGAGUUUGCAGUUGGCGAGUGGGUUUAACGCGGUGGAUUUGUUUCCGUCGGUGGCGGGAAUUAUUGGGUAUUUGAAUGGGAUGACGGAGAAAAUAGACAAGUGCCAUAAGAAAGUGGAUAGGAUAUUGCAGGGGGUGAUUGAUGAUAGGAGAGAGCAGAGGGCUAAGGAGAGGGACGAUGGGAUUUUGGGGGAGAAUAAUGGAGUCGAGAAUAUUUUGGAUGUUUUGUGUAAGAUUAGAGAUGAGGGUGGUUAUGAUUUGGAGCUCGAUCAUACUAGCAUGAAGGCAGUCCUUUUUGAUAUCUUUGCCGGGGGCAGCGGAACCUCAGCCUCCUCUAUGACAUGGACAAUGUCCGAACUCAUCCAAAACCCUAGAGUCAUGAAAAAAGCUCAAGACGAAGUUCGACGAGUGGUCGGAUCCAAACCCAAGAUAACCGAAUCCGACAUAAAAGAACUCCACUACCUCCGACUAGUAAUCAAAGAAGCACUUCGUCUCCACCCUCCUGCGCCUCUCUUAGUCCCUCGACUCACAACAGACUCCUUCCAAAUCCAAGGCUACGACAUCCCCAAAAAAACCCUAAUCAUCUUCAACGCCUACGCAAUGGCAAGGGACCCUAACAUGUGGGAUGACCCCGAGGUUUUCAAGCCCGAGAGGUUCGAAGAGAACUCGGUGGAUUUCAUGGGGACUAAUUAUGAGUUCAUACCGUUUGGAGCGGGGAGGAGACUUUGUCCCGGGAUUAUGUUUGGGCUUGUGGGGAUGGAGAUUGCGCUUGCCAACUUGCUUUAUUAUUUUGAAUGGAGUUUGCCGGAGGGCAUGAAGGAGUUGGACAUGAGUGAGAUUGGGGGGUUAGGGGCCAGGAGGAAGUAUGAUUUGUGCUUGUGCCCUUCUACCUUUCUUCCUUUGCCAGUGGAUGUGUAGUUGAGUGCCGAGGUUGCAUGCGUCAGUCUAGUGUGUAAUAUUGUUGACAUAUUGUAAUGUAUUUGGUACAUUUCAAGUGUCACCGUAUUAAUUUCUCAUGUUUUCAAUAAAUAAAUGGCUUGUUUGCAAA